AUGGCUAACCCCAGUGUUCUUACCUUUGAUACUGAGGGUCGUGCUGUUGACUUUGAGGUCUGGGUCGAUGACCUCCAGCUGUUCCUCCAGUGCGAUAAGGCAGACGACCUCUCCCUGUUCGACCUCACCUCUAGUGCCUCCCCUGCCCCGCCUGCUACUGCUGACAGCACUGUUCGCUCACAGUGGGCGACACGCGAUGCUGCUGCCCGUCUUGCUGUGCGGGUGUUCCCCCUCCCCCCCUCUUGCCAUCUGUUGCUUCUGCUGUUGCUGCCGACCUCGUUGGUUUCUACGGGGUCGGCGCUGCGUCUGCCCCUAGCGGGAGACGCCGCACCGGCAAGGGCAAGGGGGGCAAGGGAGCUGGAGGGGCUAGCGGGGGCGGUGGAGGUGGUGGUGGAGGCAGUGGAGGGAGUGGGGGUGGUGGUGGGAGUGGUGGCGGAGGUGGCGGCAGCGGUGGCAGCAGUGGAGGCGGAGGAGGCGGCGGUGGUGGCGGAGGGAGCAAAGGCGGCGGAGGUGGGAGAGGAGGCGGAGGUGGUGGAGGCGGCAGAGGCGGCGACGGCGGCGGCGUCGGUGGAGCUGGUCGCGACUCUGCGCAGAGGAGUGGGUCCGGUGGUGGUCCGCGCCAGCAGCAGCAGCGCGGUCGUGAGACCUUGUCCCCUCAGCAGCGUCGUGAGUGGUACGCUGCGCGUCAGCGCGGUGGGGGUACAAGUCCCUGCACUUACGUCCUCCGUACCGGCGACCGCGCUGGUGAGCAGUGCGGGGGCCCGCACUCCACCCAGCGCUGCUUUGGCCGCCUGA